UGGUGUUUCGCCUCUAACUUGUAAACGCCUCCGCACUCAUAUUCUACACGUACUGCAGUUUAACAGGUAUAACGCGGUCAUCGAUAUUCCAUAAGAAGCUAGAUCGGCCACAGUGACGUCACUUCCAGAUUUUAAUAACAUUCAACGUUCAACGUACUCUAGAGAUCUGCACCGUUACUCAGCGUAUGGCCAUACACUGAGUAUACACUAUGCCUUCUUCCGACAGUGUUCAUCUCCAUAUGACCUUUCAGGCUGGCUCAGAGUGGUUUGAAGUCCUCCGCAUUCCUCAUCACGAGCUGACCCGGUUCAGCAAAACACCACUCAAGUGGCUGCGGUUCGUUGCGUAUUGCAUUUUUGGAGUAAGAGGCCACCUAUCCUCCUCAGCAAAUGGCUCUGAGGAAGAUUACGACGCGACAGAAAACCUGAGCGGUAACUACUACUACGUCGCAAGCGACGAGGGCAGAAUUAUAGGCCCUAAAGGCAUGAAUGACAGGACCUCCUACGGAUCAGGACACAGAAGUCCGCGCAGGGAUGACGUUACUCUGCGUGACGAUGGUCUUUGCAUUGCAACAGGCAUGGGAGGGGAUGAGGUCGUUCAGGCCCAUCUUAUCCCACAUUCUAAAGGUGAUCCGUACAUCCAAAACCUGCUAACUAUUCGACUCGGGCAAUCCCAGGGCGAUUGGGCGGGUAUACCCUCAAUGGAUAGGUUGGAUAGUAUCGAUGAUGCACGUAAUAUAAUCAGUCUUGUCCAAUUUCUGCACACGCGUCUUAAAACACCUGAUCUGGCCUUCCUCCAGGUACCCAACUUUGCCAUGACUUCGGAGGACCUCCGAGAUCCCGACGCACCAGAUGUCAUCCUCCCUGUAUUUCACACGCAAGAUCGAAUACAAGUCCAUUUCAUGGACCCCGCGAUAUUGCCCACAUUUUACGAGCUUCAUAGAUCGCAACGUUGUUGCCAUGGUUCAUAUCUUAGAAUACCCGCUGACACCUCCAAUUGGCCUCGACCGGUUCUUUGGGACUUCGCCUAUGGUGUGGCAAGUUUACAGCGCUGGUCCUCGGGCGAACACCUGCAGAAACACAAGUCGACCGAACGCUACUACAACCCCUUGCCUUUUGAGUCAGAUUCUGCGCACUAUGAAUCAAACGAACAGCGUGAUAUCUUAGGUGACCUUGGCCUCAGAGAUAGUACGCAGACCCCGAAACAGACGGAUGAUCUCGAUCCUUGGGAUCGUGUCUGGGAGUUCUGGCAAGCUGCAGCUGCACCUGCGGUGCGGAGAGCGCGUGAUGAGGCUAUCGAGUGUUGGAGGCAGACAGUUCCUAUUGAAAUGACGGCAUUUUGAGGUCUGGGCAAGAUUGCAUGAGUAGACUCAAUCAUUCAAGACUCAGAACAGACAAGUCCUACCGCUAAUGACAUUUAUUCACCUGAAGAACCCUCGCAGGCCACUUCGGUUGGUCACCAUGGUGCCUACAAUUGGCCAAUCGACAUAUAAUCACACGGCUGUGAUGCGAUGAAAAUAUAGGCGGCGGGGUUUGAGAUAUUCGAUAUGCUUGUUGAUGUAUAUGAAUGCGAUUGUUCAUACUUCCUUGAACGGAAUAAACUGAACGGGAGUCUCUCGGCGUCUGGCAGGCUUUCAAGAACGUCAGUGUCAAAUUUGCAUCACCGUCGAAUCAUAUACACUUUCUCCUAUCGUACAAUCAUGCCGGCGCUAUUCAUAAGCCGGCCACUAAACCACGAAUCGUGC